AUGGAAACAUAUUUACAAUACCGCCGGAUAGGACAGGCCCUGAAGAAGCAACUUGAGUCUGAUGUCGAAAACGUACGGAGCUUGCCAUGCCUUUCUCGCCAAAAGACUCAGACUGUCGACGGUAGAACAGUCCUUGUCGUUGAAUGGGAUGGACCAGACGAUCCUCUGAAUCCACGCAACUGGCCCUUUAACAAACGCUUCAGAGCAAUGUUGGUAGUAUGCAGCAUUGGCUGCCUUGUCGGUGCUGCGUCAUCCCUGGAUGGUGCAGUCAUCUCCCAAGCCGCGAAGAGCCUCGGAGUCAGUCAAGUUACAGAAAGUUUUGGUGCCAUCAGCAGCUUUCUGCUGGGCUUUGGGCCUGGGGCAUUGAUUAGUGGUCCGUUUUCAGAAGUUCUUGGCAGAAACCAGGUCUAUUUGCCCUCCCUGACGUUAUUGUGUAUCUUCAUCACAGCAUCAGCUCUUGCACCUGAUGUCGGCAGUCAGAUCGUUUUCCGGUUCCUUGCCAGCGUUGUGGGAGCGGCACCUUCAGUGUGCGCUGGAGGAUCGAUUGCCGACAUGUUCACGGCAUUGGAGAAGACCUUCAUGUUUCCAUUCUUCAGCAUAUUCGGAUUCGGAGGAGCAGCGCUCGGUCCUGUGAUGGCUGCUUGGAUUCCGGAAUCACCUAUCCUUCAUUCUUGGCGCUGGGCAGAAUGGGUGACUCUCAUGUUCGCAGGAGUGGUCCUUUUUAUGACCUUCUUCUUUCAACCGGAGACCUACCCUCCCGUCUUGCUGAGCUGGAAGGCGAGGCAGUUACGUAAGAUCACGAGCGAUGAUCGAUAUUAUGCCGAGCACGAAAUUGAACACAUAACGUUGGUGACACGUCUGAGGACUGCUCUUCGCCGGCCAUUUACCCUCGCACUCCACGAACCGAUAAUUCAGCUUGUCUCACUCUAUCUGUGUCUGGUCUAUAUCAUCCUUUUCACAUUCCUCAAUGGGUACGACUUUAUUUUUCGCCUGACAUACGAGAUUUCCCAGGGGUUGACGAAUACAAUCUUUCUCGGGAUAUUCGUUGGCGUCUGUGUCGCAUUCGGAUGUGUACCAUGGAUUUACAAAUUGACAGUCAAAGUCCAGCGUAAGGCGGAGGCCGACGGCAAGACGCAAUUCGAUCCUGAGGUUCGACUAUGGUACUCUAUGCUGGGUGCACCUGCCAUGCCAAUCUCAUUGUUCUGGAUGGCCUGGACAUCUUACCGCAGUAUAUCAAUUUGGUCUUCGAUUGCUGCCUCCGUCAUGUUCGGGCACGCGGGUGUGUUGGCCUUCACCACCACAUACAUGUAUCUGAUCGACACGUAUGAGACAUAUGCUGCCAGCGCGCUUGUGUUCGCCACGCUCUCUCGCUACGUUUGUUCUGGUGGGAUGGUAGUUGUCGCGACCCCGUUCUACCAGAAUGUUGGACACCACUGGACACUUACGAUCCUCGGAUGCGUGAGCCUCUUGCUGACACCUAUCCCCUACGUUUUCUACAGGUAUGGGCAUAUCAUUCGACAAAAGAGUCGUUUUGCAGUUACCAGCAAGAACGGCCAGAAUAUUGGGCAGUUGGAAGUGCCUGUUUCAGUGCGUAUACCGCCAAACGAAGAAGACUAG